AUGUUUCGUCUAGGGCGAUUGAUUGCGACAGCGAGCACAUCGAUCACACUACCGAGGAUAACAUCGACGUUAAGACUCCGCUUCCGAUUAAACACCAUCAACGAUUCAACGUCACUCCGAUGCUCGGCGAGAAGUCUAUCAUCGAAUGCUCCGAAAAAGAUCGACUCUGUACAUUUCGUGUGCGGUGAUCAAACGUUCACCGGAAAAGCAAAGCUCGGGGAUUCGUUACUAGAUGUUAUAGUCGAUAACGAUCUUCCACUUGACGGAUAUGGAGCUUGCGAAGGAACUCUCGCUUGUUGUACAUGCCACGUCAUAUUGAGUAAAGAACAUUUCGACAGAGUUGAUAAGACAAACCCGGCCGGCGAAGAGGAACUGGAUAUGCUCGAUUUGGCGCCUGAAUUGAGCGAUUAUUCACGAUUGGGAUGUCAAAUACGAGUCGAGAAGAGAGGAUGGUGGGUU